AUGUCAGAUUACGGAGAUGAUAUGGAUAUCGAUGCCCCCGUGGCAUCAGAUACUGUUAUAUUCAGUUCAGAUAACACCAAUUCUAAGGGCAAGAGAAGUGCAGCAAACCUCCCCGUCGAAGCUGAAGACAGUCUGCCAUGGGUCGAAAAAUACCGUCCGGAUACGCUCGAAGAUGUCUCCGGUCAUCAGGAUAUCCUGGCAACAAUUAAUAAGUUCGUCGAGACGAAUAGACUUCCUCAUCUCCUCCUCUACGGACCACCUGGAACCGGAAAGACGUCUACAAUACUUGCACUGGCGCGAAAGAUCUACGGCUCAAAGAAUAUGCGACAGAUGGUACUCGAACUCAACGCCUCCGAUGAUCGUGGUAUCGAUGUAGUCCGCGAACAGAUCAAGACCUUUGCAAGCACAAAACAGAUCUUCACAAUGAGCACGAAAUCUACAUCUGCCUCGAUGCCUACAUACAAAUUGAUCAUCCUGGACGAGGCAGAUGCCAUGACCUCCACUGCACAGAUGGCAUUGCGACGAAUCAUGGAGAAAUACACGGCGAACACGAGAUUCUGCAUCAUUGCCAAUUAUACACAUAAGCUCAGCCCAGCACUUCUAAGUCGUUGUACGAGGUUCAGGUUCAGUCCGUUGAAGGAGAAGGAUAUUCGGGUAUUGGUUGACAAGGUUAUAAUCGAGGAGAAUGUGCAGAUCAAUGCUUCUGCGACGGAUGCACUGGUGAUGUUGAGCAAGGGAGAUAUGAGAAGAGCUCUCAAUGUGCUACAGGCAUGCCAUGCAAGCAGUACUCCCAUUCACAUCAAGGGCACACCCAAACUCGCAGAGAAGGAUAUCAAAAGGGACAUGAUAACGGAAACCACAAUCUACGAAUGUAUAGCGUCACCCCAUCCCGAAGACAUCUCGAAGAUCCUCAACACAGUCCUCAAGACUCCCGACGUAACGACCUGUCUACAAAUGAUCAACUCUCUCAAAGCAACUCAAGGUCUAGCAUUGGCAGAUAUCAUCACAGCACUCAGUGAAGAGUUGACGAAGCUAGACGUUCCUGCUCCAGUGAUGAUUACAUGGCUAGAUGGAUUAGCUGAGGUGGAAUACAGACUGAGCGGUGGAGGUGGAGAGGUUGUGCAAACGGGAGCUGUGGUUGGUGUUGUACGAAACGGAGCGGAGCUGAUGGCCGCAGCCAAAUGA